AUGGCUUAUGACCGCUAUGUGGCCAUCUGCCAGCCUCUGCGCUACCCCAUCCUCAUGCGUCCCAUGGUCUCUGUGUUCCUGAUACUUGUGACCUGGCUGGGUGCAUCCUUCAAUGUCUUGAUCCAUGUGGUCUAUACACUGACACUCCCUUACUGCGCCUACAGAGAAAUCCAUCAUUUUUUCUGUGAUAUCCCAGCGCUCCUGAAAGUGGUCUGUGCUGACACUUCCAGAUACAAAAAGGGCAUUUUUGUCAGUGCUGUGACUUUUUUCAUCCUUCCCAUCUCAGGCAUUCUGUGCUCCUAUGGAAGGAUACUGUCCACUGUACUGGGCAUGCAAUCCACUCAGGGACUCAAGAAAAUCUUGGGUACUUGCUCCUCUCACCUGACUGUGGUGUUGCUGUUCUAUGGCCCUGCCAUCAUCAAGUAUAUUCUGCCAAAUUCCUACCACUCCCUGGGGCAGGAUGUCGUGCUCUCUGUGUUCUACACCAUCAUCUCACCCAUGCUCAAACCCCUCAUCUACAGCCUGCCGAACAGGGACGUCACUAGAGCCUUUAGGAACGUUUUCAGAAUAUGA